AUGAUUGUCGAAAUACAAGAGGAGGUUAGAGGAAAGAGGCCUUUUAAGAUAUGGGACAGCUCUCGAAACGUGAGAAAGGGACUGGUUGUCACCAGUUUUGAGGAGUUAAUACAUAGAGGAAAAGAAAAGUUAUCUGUAGCCGCAAAUGAGCCGGUGCGUUUGGUGUUAGAGAGUGACGGAACGCAAGUAGAGGACGGAGAGUACUGGCGGACGCUGCCCCCCAAUACUGUACUGCUUCUGCUGAGGCAAGGCGAAAGAUGGUAUCCUACGGGAGUAGACGUUAUCAAAGCUGCGAUAUCAGCAAUACCGAAAAUCGUAUGCGAAACCAUCCACGCGCUCGAAUUGCACGAUGAGACUCCUUCAUGGAAGAUCAUGGACAACAAGGGGCGCGUUACCGUCGUGCUGCACUGGGAUCAGCGACCGCAAGCCUCCCCCGCCGCACGCUCGCCCUCCCGCCAGCCCAAGCCCGAUCGGCGCCCCUCGCUCGUCAUCCAGACCUCGCUGGAGCGUCCGCAGCCCCCGCCGCCUCACAUCACAGUCGUUAACCACGACGAACCAGGGCCCGCUGCUCCCUCGCGUCCGCGCCUCGCGCGCCCUUCCUCGUCCCUAGACCACCACGUGCACACGGCGGAAUGCCGAGCCGCACCGCCGGCUCCUCACCACACGCACCGUCCACCCACGGACGAGUGCGACUUCCAUUGCUGUGCUCUUCACGAGGAGGGGCGCCGUAUAGCCGUGCACAAGAGCGUAGCCACCUCUCCGAUACAGGACUCCCAGCCGCGUGCGUCCCCGCAAGGACGCCCUAAAGGCCACGUCCGCUUCUUAGACGCCGAAUCCGCAAGACGUGGGGAACGGGACUCGUCCGAAAGUGAAACGGAAAACACGUUAGUCGAAGAUGAGGCUGUGACGUCAGAGAAGUUUCUUCUCUUGAUCGACCAGCUGAGCGUCGAUCAGAAGCGUCACCUCACUAUCAAGGACAUAGGAAUCAUUCUAGAAAGGUUGAGUUCGAAAAUUUUGGACGUAGAGAGAUUAGACCGAGAGUCGGAAUCGGACGACUGUUACAAUUGGACUAUUAAAGCGACGAUUCGAGGAGACGCGUUGCGGGAACUAGGUGUUAUUUAUAAUGGAAAUUACUACGCGAUUAGUGAACAUCCAGGGUAUAGGGAGGAGAACGAGGAGGCAGGAGACGAAGGCGAGGAAGAAGAGGAGGAGGACAGGCUCUGA